AUGUCCAUGUCACUUCCUGCCGCUCUCACGCCCGUCCUUAGUGGCAGAGAAGCUAUCAUCGAUGCCCUCUAUCGCUGCGUAUCUGCAUUUGCCGAUGAUGCAGUCUUUGAUCUCAAUGGUACCAUCAUGGAUGGUAUUGACGCCAUAAAUGCCCAGUGUUUUGCUUCUAUCUCCAAAAUGGACACGACUCACUACCUCACUAACAUACGUAUCAACAUCCUGGAUGGCUCCAAAGCGGAAGUGACCUGCACGGCUCUCGCUCAACACUAUCAUGGUGGAGAGGGCAUGAAAGCCGGCGCUAUUCCUCUACUUGCUGGUAGCUUCUACUGGGUGGACCUUGUCCGAGAUGCGGGAGACGGGCUCUGGAAGGUUAAGAAGUGGAAGCUCAAAACGAGCUGGGGACAAGGGGACUGGGGAGUUUUCAAGAAUUAA